AUGACGCCCAAGGAAAUUUCGGAGGAGAUACGGAAUACACUGAAGGGCAAUGCUCCGUCUUAUGCAACAGCGAAAAACUGGGUCUCCGACUUCAAACGUGGAAGAAUGAGUGUGGAAGACGAGGAGCGCGGGGAGACUGGCGCAGGGGUAUACAAGAUACGGUCCGAGGAUGACGCCGACCUGGGGUCGGGGAAGGACUGGCAGCGGCUGUCCAACGGGGCGCAACAUGGCGGCGCAGUGGGGCCAGCCGAGGGCGCUGCCACACCUUUCGAAGAGGCCGUCGCCUUGACAGGGGUGGGCCGCUUCCAUUACGUGCUGGUGACUGUCUGCGGCUUCUGCCUCAUCUCCAUGAUUUUCGAGUCUCUGGCGGCGGCCUACGUCACGCCGGCGGCCCAGUGCGACUUCGACAUGACGUCAUUCGAAAAGGGCUUCCUGAGCGGAACCAUCUACGUGGGCAUGAUCGUGAGCUCGCACCUGUGGGGCUUCGUGGCGGACACGCGCGGCCGGCGGCAGGUGCUGCUGGUGACGCUCGCCCUCAACUUCGUGUGCUCUGUGGCGGCCGCCCUCAUGCCCACGCUGCCUCUCCUCAUAUUCUUCAGGUUCCUCAACGGCGUCUGGAUCUGCGGACCCUCUGCCGUGACGUACGCCUACCUGGGGGAGUUCCACUCGGACAAGACGCGCACCCAGGCCAUCGUCUACGUCUGCAUCUUCCUCUCCAUGGCGCUCCUCGUGGAACCAGGACUGGCCUGGGCGGUGAUUCCUCAGCCCUGGGCUGCCCCGCUGCCUUGGAUCACGAUGCGGUCCUGGAGGGUUUUCCUGAUCCUGGGCGCUGUUCCCAGCGCCGCCACCUUCCUGGGGCUGUGGCUGCUGCUGCCGGAAAGCCCCAAGUUCCUGCUCGCUGUCGGCAGGCACGACGAAGCGCUCGACGUCCUGCGCAAGAUGUUCGCCACCAACAGCGGCCUCCCACCGGAGAAGUACCCAGUGGCGGCCCUGCAGGGGGACGCGCUGACGUCAUCGCCAGUGGGCGUCAACACCAAGUCGCCGCUGGCCAUCGCGCGCCACAUGUGGAGGCAGACGGUCCCGCUGUUCAAGCCGCCCUACCUGCUGUACACCGUCGUCGCCUGCUUCAUUCAGUUCGGGCUCUACGCCAGUUCCAACGGCUUCCUCAUCUGGCUGCCAGAGCUGCUAAACCGUAUGGGCCAGUACGGCGAGGCCUACCCACACCACCCUGCCACCGUGUGUGAUGUCAUCGCCGUGCUCGCGGGCCAGCUGCCACCACCAGUCGCCGUGGAACUGCUCCAGGCCAACCAUUCCAGGUAA